UCUUUCUCCCUUCCCCUCCCUCCCCAGCCUUCCCCGCGAGCGGACGCGGCAGCGCCUCUGUCUCGUUUUUUCUUAUUUUUUUCCCCCCCUUUCCCCUUCCUUUUUUUUUCCUUUUUCCCCUUUUCCCCCCUUUCAUCAUUUCCCCGCGGAGGCGCUUCCCCCGGGCAGGGGCAGAGCCGGUCUCACCCCCCGCCUCUCCCCGGCCCCCGCCGCCCUAUGGCGAGAGGGAACCCCCUCCCCACCCGGGCACAAGCGGCUGCGGUUGGAGGAGCGGGACCGGCAGCGGCCUCAGGUCCGGGGGCGUCAUGGAACUAAUUCGCUGACCGACCCACAGGCCGCAGCCGUGCGUCCCGCUCGAGCGCCCGCGCCCUCCGGCCCGGUUCCCCCUCUUCUCCCUCCUCAGUCGGCCCCGUCCUCGUCCCGCGCGCCCCGUCGCCGCGCGCUGAGGAAAAUGAGGUGGUAACGGGCCCCCGGAUGACCCCUCGUCACCACUGUGAGGCCUACAGCUCUGCCGGGGAGGAGGAGGAGGAGGAGGAGGAGGAAGAGGAGAAGGUCAUUUGUGGCAGAGGAAGUAGAAGGGAACGGACAAAUAGAUUAAGGAAGAAGGGACAGGAUUCAGAUUUGCUAGUCUGGGACCAGACGCAUCAGAGAUUCUAAGCUUCUGGACUAGAAGAAGUUUCUCAAUACUGAUGAAGAGCAGACUAGUAGAAUCAGCGUGUGUCCGGAAGGUGCACCGGGAUGGUUUGCAGUUAAACUGAGAUAAGUAGCUACAUCAAGCUGGGUGGCAGGCAGAUCCAAAGGAUAUCAUGAAGUUUCCAGGGCCUUUGGAAAACCAGAGAUUGUCUUUCCUGUUGGAAAAGGCAAUCUCCAGGGAAGCCCAGAUGUGGAAAGUGAAUGUGCUGAAAAUGCCUACAAAUCAGAAUGUUUCUCCAUCCCAGAGAGAUGAAGUGAUUCAGUGGCUGGCCAAACUCAAGUACCAAUUCAACCUUUACCCAGAAACAUUUGCUCUGGCUAGCAGUCUUUUGGACAGGUUCUUAGCUACUGUAAAGGCCCACCCAAAAUACCUGAGUUGUAUUGCAAUCAGCUGUUUUUUCCUAGCUGCCAAGACUGUUGAGGAAGACGAGAGAAUACCAGUACUGAAGGUGUUGGCAAGAGAUAGUUUCUGUGGAUGUUCUUCAUCUGAAAUUCUGAGGAUGGAGAGAAUUAUUCUGGAUAAGUUGAAUUGGGAUCUUCACACAGCCACACCAUUGGAUUUUCUUCACAUUUUCCAUGCCAUUGCAGUGUCAACUAGGCCUCAGUUGCUUUUUAGUUUGCCCAAACUGAGCCCAUCUCAACAUUUGGCAGUCCUUACCAAGCAAUUACUUCACUGUAUGGCCUGCAGCCAACUUCUGCAAUUCAAAGGAUCCAUGCUUGCCCUGGCCAUGGUUAGUUUGGAAAUGGAGAAACUCAUUCCUGAUUGGCUUCCUCUUACAAUUGAACUGCUUCAGAAAGCACAGAUGGAUAGCUCCCAGUUGAUCCACUGUCGGGAGCUUGUGGCACGUCACCUUUCUACUCUGCAGUCUUCCCUGCCUCUAAAUUCCGUUUAUGUCUACCGUCCCCUCAAGCACACCCUGGUGACCUGUGACAAAGGAGUGUUCAGAUUACAACCCUCCUCUGCCCCAGGCCCAGAUUUCUCCAAGGACAACAGCAAACCAGAAGUGCCAGUCAGAGGUACAGCAGCCUUCUGCCAUCAUCUCCCAGCUGCCAAUGGGUGCAAGCAUACCUCUGCUAAACGCAAAGUAGAGGAAAUGGAAGUGGACGACUUCUAUGAUGGGAUCAAACGGCUCUAUAAUGAAGAUAAUGCUUCAGAAAAUGUGGGUUCUGUGUGUGGCACUGAUUUAUCAAGGCAAGAGGGACAUACUUCCCCUUGUCCACCUUUGCAGCCUGUUUCUGUCAUGUAGCUCCAGGUGUUACCUUCAAGUGCAAACUAAGGUAGACUACUGUGGGAAUGGGAACAUGGAAAACAGGAUAGGCUGUAUAAAGGUAUAUACCUUAUCAGGCUGAUUCGAAAUAAGCCAGAAAAAAAAACCCUGUUGACUUGUAUGGCUAAUUAUAAUUCAACAUUAUUUAAGCACUUAAAGACCAAAAAAAGUGUAAAAUUCAAGAUCAAAAAAUUUUUAAGUAAAAAAUUUCUUCGUAGUGUUUGUCAUUUCCACCCUUUUCUCUGCUAAAAUGUAAUGUAGAUUAAUUACCCUGUGUCAGAAAUUCACGUUCAGUGUUUUUUUUUUUUUAAGUUCCAAAAUUCCUAGCUAGCAAACCUUGUCCCAGAAUCCUGAUUUAAUUUUCCUCUUGCUUUUGCUUGCUGCUGCUUUGAAUACUAAAUGAAUUUUAUGCAUGUUGAUCUAUAGCCUGACUUCCACUGAUGAGGAAACCCUGAAAAUUUAUUUUUAGCAAUUUAGUGAACAAAUUAUUUCAGUGACAGCCAUGUUUAAUCAAUGAUUCAAAUUCAACUUAAUCUGAAAAAGGUACUUCAGAAUUGUCUAUGAAUCAGAGUUGGUAACAGAAAAAGAACUCCCAUUACCAUGUUGAUUUUUGUUUGUCUCCUUUCAAUUUCUAGAGUUUGGAAACAAAAUUAAUAUUUUCAUUUUUAUCUUAAAUUGAAGCUUAAAAGUGGCAUGUGAUUAGCACACUCUUAAGAUUUGUUGGAAGCAUUUUUGACAUUUGUAAAAUAGAAUUUGUGAUAAAUUUAAUAUAUCCAGGUGCUCACCAAAGAAACAUGUUAACAACUAAAAUUAGAUUUUAAAAAAACUGUUCAGUUCACUCGUUUAUAAUCAGUAGGAGAGACUGUCUAGAUGUUGGAGCAGCUCUAUGAUUUGGGUCUGUAACAUGUAAUAACUGAAUUCAGUACCCUAGUUUUAUGUUAAGCUAUUAGGAUUUUCUUGAUAAAAGUUAAUCCCCUUGCCUCCCCAGCCUACCUGUAUUUCUCUUCAUGACUUCUGGGUCCUGAGCUCCCUGUGCAGCCUGAAGAAGGUACUGCAGUCAGAACCAUGUACUGAUGAUAAAAGCCUCUGGUAGCAAUAAAAGUUGUCCUUAA